GCCGGAAAACUUAUACGUCGAACUAUUGGAUAGUGGUAAUGCGUCUAACGCAAAAGGCGCUUCACAGCGAACAUGGCCACAUUUUCGCCACUGCCUACGUGUACUUCGACUGCAAUUUAUCAAUCUUGUAUUCGAACGCCUCGUUAGCUGGAAAUCUAGUACUGAGCACCGGAAAGUCGCAAUGUACCGCAAAAGACGCGUGGCAGCCUCACACGUUCUACUCCAACUUUUCCCCCUGGGCGGAGCAAUAGUACUCUUGAUUCUUCAAUGGACAAAGUAUUGGAUAGGAAUCCAGACUAACGUAUCUACGUUCCUACAAUUUACAGCCAAGUUUCAUGAAUUGACAAUGCAGGCUUCGCUUGUCGAAAUUUUGCUUUGUGUCAUUCGCACUAACAUAGUCAACGGAUACAUCCCAUUAGGCGCGCUUUCUAGUACCACACAGGCGACCCAGUUGUCGUACCUCUGGUCUCUCGACUUCAUCUCAACAUUUAAAUCUCCUGCUUUUAAGGGAUGGCAGAGAACAGUGUUUCUUCUUGUUAUCUUGACUAUUGUACCUCUGACAUCGCUCGUUGGACCUUCGAGUGCCAUUCUCAUGAUACCCCGUCCGGAUACCCCACAUAUCGUCCAAGAAUACAAUUGGUACUUGCCUAAUUCGACUGAUGAUGUAUAUCCUUCGUCCUUGAGUCAACAUAAUGGCUUGAUAAUAGACCUUCUGAACCUGGAAACGACCAUCGCAAGCAGAAGAACGCAAGUUUUUUUAAAUGAGGAGCAAGGCUCCUUAAUCGACAUGAUCGCAAGCGAAGAAUGCGAUUCUUAUCUGCAAAGAUCCUUACGUCAAUCCUUUUUCUACAACCAAGAUUAUGUGGAAUCAAACACGACGCUGCCGACUUGCUUAAAUUCUGAAUUGUUUAUCAUGUCAGGUGCUGACUGGCGACGAUUGUAUAGAGGCGUAGGAAAUCGAACCACAAUCCUCCUUCAGACACUGCAUCCAGUGGUAUCAACACGUUGUACGACCAAAUCAAUGAGAAAAUCGGAUGAUAUAUUUUAUGUGCGCGAAAACAGAACCUUAGGUGUUCUCUUUAAUACUCAAACACUUGUGGAUCGAGUCUCGAACUUUACUGGCUCCAGCAAUGCAACACUUCGAGUGCCCGGACUGAGUCUUCCUGAAGACUCGGAGAAAGUCUUUUACCCUCCGAUCUGGAUGUCAUCUCCAGAAAGUAGUUCAAGCUCACUGAUUGGCGUUUUUGCCUCUUGGGAGGGGUUUGCUCAGCAAGACGAAUUGCCACACUCACUCCCGUGGAUAUUGACACAACCCGAAUCUUAUAGGUCUAGCCUAUACGUUACCACCUGUACAAUAUCGGCUUAUUGGAACAACGGAGAGUCACAGCUGAUUGAAAGAUCGGGCGAGAUGGUUGUACAGACUAGGGAAUCACCCAGGUCAGAGCCGUAUAAAGCAAGGCCCAUUACCUUGGAUCUAACUGGUAUCCACACCGUUCAGACUCCUGAGUUCCUUCGCGACAUGGCCUCCUCCAUCGGCGGAAUUGGGUAUGAUUUUGGCAUACCUUUCGCCCUCGCGAUCGCUCAAAUACCUAUCGAUCAUGUCGAUCCAUCGUCAGAAAUGCCACCCAAUUUCAAUGAACACAAUAUGACUGUUUUCAAGGGCAAUACCUUUGUAUACGGUUACGGAUACGGUAGCAGGUCGACCUCCGUUCAACUUGCAAUACUGGUCAUGAUUACAUACUGCGUAAUCGCCACCGCCUACAGUGGAUACAUUCUGGUCACCGGAUCCACAUCGACAGCAUGGAACUCCACAAUCGAACUAGUUGCCCUUGCACUGCAAUCAAAAAAACCAGACUACCUCGGACAUAUAUCUGUAGGGAUUGAUUCGAUUGAGACAAUGAAAGAAGGUGUUCGAAUCUGUGCUAAUCAGGACAACGAGCUUGAAAUGAUCUUCGCGCAUGACCGCGACAUUGACAAGCGGGAUCUAAGGAAAAUUCAGAGCAACAAGGAGUACUAAGGCGCAACUACUAUCUGUUCGCUUUUAGUAUGGCUGUAAGCAGUUGUGGGUGUAGAAAGUAUUGUCCAUCCUGUUGAGUACAAUGAUAGGAGCAAGUUUAAAUACAGCGUCAUUAGUCAGUGAGCAAGCACGUGACUAUACAUGGU